AUGCUCCUGUUACAACUUCCACAUUAUUUGCAAAGGAUGCCGCACAAACCAAGUUUGUUAUUUUUGUUGUUGUUGACCAUUUCCAUGACAUUUCUGGACAAAACAUCUGCAAAUCUUGAAACAGAGUCGCCACAGACUACUACCCCUGAACCGGAUGCAUCGCCUGGUUGCAAGGCACCAGAUAUACGUUUCACUGUCAUAAAGCCGGAAACAACGACUCACCCACCAUAUGCCAAGUUCGAAACAACUCCUUCAUAUACGGUCGAUGAAUUCACAACAUCUGAUGUAGAGUUUGUCGAAAGGAUUAAUAUUGACCUGACAGGACGUCAUAACGGCAAUCAAAUGGGAGGCAUUGUGAAUCCCUAUCAGGUCAAUAUGAAUGAUCACAAUACAGCUGGAAAUUUCCAUGCCAGUGAUAUGGCGGCGGCUGACGAGGAUGCGGGUGAAGAUGAAGACUCCGAUGGAUCGACUCCGAAUCCCCUACAAAACCGCAAGAAUAAUGCCAAAAAACGACGCACCGGCCAGGGUCGACGUAGACGUAUUGAGAACGAAAAUGGCCAAACUCGAGGUCGCGGUAGCCGAUAUAAGCGUCAUUUGGUAGAUUACGCGCUCAACAGUGUUCUAAAUGUCGAUAAACCCACUGGAAAUAUAUCGAAUGUCACAACGGAUGUGUACUACAUACGUUUUGAAAACAAAACAAAGAACCAUGGCUUGAACGGAGAACUCAAGUACAAAAUAUAUAGAUUGAAGACAAAAAGCCGAAAUUACACACACCACGAACCAAAAAACGAUAUCGGAUCCCACCAUCGACAUCGCGGGGAUGUUCAGAACGUAAGCAAUAAUGUCGUUUCGAUGGAUGACGACGUCAAUAGUGGACCCGCAAAGCAGCACUUGCUGGUCGAUUAUAAGUUAAAUGGAGAACCCGCACCACCAUUGGAACAGACUAAAGAGGUCGAUACAUUUGCCCAAACGCACUCGAAUGAGAGUGGAAAUAGCGCUUUGCAACGUGUGAAGCGCAAAUCAGGCAAAACAACCGGCGCUCUUAGUCGUCCCAAGGGUGGUGGCGAUUCCAGUUCGAAAACGACAAGCCGCAAGGACAAAGGCAUUUUUGAUGAAGAUGGAGGAUAUUCACCCGUUCAUCCGGACGAAGGCGAUUCCGACGAAGAAGAUGAAGAGGAGGAAGAGAUCGAUAUACAACAGCAAUUUACCGAAGUAUCGGAAAUACGUUUCCCUGGAGAAAUCGGACCACUCGGUGAUAGGCGUUUGUGCAAAAUCCGGUGUGUUAAGGGGAAAUGGGUGGGUCCAUUGUGCGCCACCAAUGAGGAGGACGAACACGGAAAUGUGAAAUUUCAGCCGUUGUAUAAGUCAUGUCACGUCCAAAGAAUUCCACCCUACUUGUUGUUGAGUUACCGCAACAUCUCUGUGACCCCCAUCUACCGUUCUCGUCGUAAUCGAACGUCUAAAUCGAAUUUUAUUUCCAAUACCCAAAUUAAUGUCGGCUGGGACCUGCCGCAUGGCCAUUCCCUGCAAGCACGUUGCAAAGACUUAGGUAUGUACAAGCUGCUGGGCGAAUCGAGGGUGCUAUGUUCGAAUGGCUUGUGGGCUCCGCGUAUGCCGUCGUGUGUACCCACAACCCUAUUGACUAACUUUUCGGACGACAGUGCUCCGUCCAUUAAGUACAAGAUCUUAAACGGAUCGGGAUCUUUUGAACCGUCUGGAGUUUUGGCAGUGUUGCCACAUAGCACUAUUUUGUUGGACUGCAUGUAUCCGAGAGUGCGCGGUAUACCCGAAUGGACAUGGACUAGUUGGUAUAUGAAAUAUUCCACCGGUUGGACCCAUGAGGAUAAAAAUCUACGGUAUCGGCUAAGCAUUAAAGACAUCGAAAGCAGGGACUCUGGGACAUUUACUUGCACGUCGCCCAGAGGCCUCACGAACAGUAUUAGCAUCGCUGUAGCACAAUCCACUUGCCCGCAGCUUCCAGAACCGGCGCCACCGCUCACCUUACGCUUAGAAGGCAACAAGCUAGGCCAGAGGGCUAUGUACCGCUGCCCGCCUGGCUUUAGAGUGGAUGGCAUUGUAAAUGCAACUUGUUUAGCUUCCGGCAAUUGGUCAUCGCCGCCACCAACAUGUCAAGCUGUACAAUGUCCACGUUUGAUUUUAGAUGACCCACACCUAAGUUUGGUUGAGUUGAAUACAUCUGCAUGGGGGCGGGCGGUGUUCAAAUGCCAGUGGGGUUUCAAAUUGACCGGUCCACCGGGUUUGGAAUGUGAUCCGUCGGGCGUGUGGAGUGGCGCAGUACCCAGAUGUAAAGCCAUACAGUGCCCUACACCUGUGGCUCCACUAAAUGGACGCAUCGGGGGUACGAAUAUGAAUCAACGGCGACUCACCGUUGGAGCGUUAAUAACUUUCAGUUGCAAUGAAGGCCACACCCUGGUCGGAGAGCCGAGCAUUAUUUGCACAGAGAGUGGUCUGUGGUCGCAUCCACCGCCCUUUUGUAAAUCAGGUUGCCCAUACCCCGGAGAUCCUCCUAAUGGCUUCUUGGCACCACUGAAAUUUAAUUACGAAUCCGGCGACUAUAUAAGCGUUCAAUGUCGACCGGGUUAUGUUCAAUAUAGCGAGAUUGGUGGUCCACCCGAACGUCCUAAAUGUCUGCCCAACGGCAAUUGGUCAACUCCUGUGCCAAAAUGUCGUAGUUACGAAGAUGUGUAG